CUGCUUCGUCGGGCACUCGAGCCACAUCCAGCUGCCAUUUGCCGCAUCCACGCUGCUCCGCGACUCAGGCGGGCAUUUUUCUCCAGGCCGCCAGCACCGAGCGCCGCCGUCGCCGCUUACAUACAUCGCCACACUUAGCUGUCUGUCGUCGACGAGCGCGUCGCCCCAGCAGCCUCUGCUUCCACGCCUAGAUUCGCACCUUUGCGCGGUUCGCGACCAGCCUGUACAGAACCUCGAAACUCUCCCGCUCUCCUGUUGGGAUAGGCUUCCCGUUUAGGGUUCCGCCUCGUCUUGCCCACGUCGGCCAGCCCUGUAGCGCUUUUCGCGUGGCGGCACCCAAGUGGCUGACCAGGGAAACCCUCUCUCUGGCUAUAAUUCUUCGCUUGGGGCCUUGAGUGCUCUUCGCAUCUUUGUAUAUUCUCAAUCCCGCCUCCCACCCAUCCACAUUCACAAUGAAUGCCCAACCCGGAAUGGCCAACAUGACGCCCAUGGGCGGCCCUGUUGGUGGCGCACCGAUGCCCAUGAUGAAUAAUAACGCUAUGAACCCCCAAAUGGCUGUUGCCGGCGCAGGGCGACAGAUGCAGGACCAGCGCAGCACGCUUAACACAUACAUUUACGAAUAUUUUCUCAGACAUCAGAUGUACGACUGUGCCCGCUCUCUGCUGGCCAGCGACCAACAGGUCAACGUUAACAAGGAAGCUGGUGGUCGUCGCGAAAACGGCAAUGCCAUGAACGGCGUCGACGAUCCCAUGGAUACUGAUUCGAAGGACGACGGCGACUCCAAAUUGCCAGACGAUCUGCCUCCUCCCAAGCUACCGAUGCCAGCUUCGGAUACAUCAUUCCUCUACGAGUGGUUUUGCGUGUUCUGGGAUAUCUACACUGCCCCACGCGCCAAAGCUGGGAAUCAUAUGGUGAACCAAUAUGUUCAGCACACUCAGCAACAGCGAAUGAAGCAGUCUCAGCAACAAGAGAUGCUGCGUCAAAUGCGCCCUGAAUUAUCGGCGCAACAGCAGUAUCAGGCUCAAUUUAUGAGAAACAUACAGAACAACAACAUGACCAUGGCUAUGAAGCAGCAGCAAAAUAACCUUGCUCGAGCUGCCAUGGCCAACAAUCAAAAUCCUCAAAUGCAGAUGCUUCAGGCAAAGCAGAAUCCAAUGCAAAGGGAUCCUUCCGGCAUGGACGCCAACCGUGAUCGGCCAUCGUCGCCUGCGUCGGGGGAAAAUGCGCCAUCUCCCUCAAAACGUCCACGAAUUGACGGCGCUCCUUUCAACGCUAACCAGCCUGGUGCCAUGAUCAACGGCGGUCGCCCUGGCCAAAACAUGCCUGGCCAACAGAUGGCUGUUGCCGGCAACGUCGCCAAUGCCCAGCAGGUACUGGCCGCCAACGGCAUCAACCCUAACCAGCUCAACCCCCAGCAGAUGCAAAACUUUGCCAACACGCCACCCGCAGCCCAACAAAAGUCUAUCGCAACCUACUCGCACAACCUCCAGCAGCAUCAUGGCAACCAAAUGGGCAAUAAGCAGAUGGCCGGCGUCGUGCCCCAGAAUCAGAGCUCACCCAUGAUGGCCCAGGGUGGCCCCGAUGGCAAUGCUCUCAAUGCCUUUUAUAACCCUAAUAUGGACGGCCCCAAUGCCAUGCGACCAGGAGGCCAAUCCCAGCCGACAGGCAGCAAUCAUGCUCUGCAGGACUACCAGAUGCAGCUGAUGCUGCUUGAGCAGCAGAACAAGAAACGCCUGAUGAUGGCUCGCCAGGAGCAGAGCGACAUGGGCGGAAUACCCAGGGAGAACCAGGCGGGAGCAGCCGGACCCAAUGGACAGCCUUUCCCAGACACAUCGCCGCAGGCCAUGAGAUCCGGCACUUCUCCCAACCCUGCUGAGCAGAUGAAGCGUGGCACUCCCCAGAUGAACAACUCUGGCAUCCCCUCACCUGUUCCCGAUGGCGGACAGUCCCGCGAGUCUCCCAACCCCGCCAUGAACUUCCUGGGCAACCAUGUUGAUGUCAGCAUGGCACCUCAUUUCUACAAGGGAGGAGCAGACGGGAACAUGGCCGCCGCACAGGCCCAAAUGAACGGCAUGCGGCCGCCCAGCUCACAUCCUGGCCAGCCGUUCAAUGGCCCGAUGAACGCACAGAUGAUGGCCGCUAGGCAGCAGGGCGUCCCAGGCAACCCCCAGCAAUGGCAGCAAGGCAUGAACGGCCAGAUGGUGCCGCAGCAGGGUAUGCCACAGCAGGGUCAGCCAGUCCAGGGGACUCCCCAGCAGCGAUCUAUGCCUCCUCCAUCAGCGCCGGCAGCAGGCAACACAAACAACAGGACGACUGCAUCCCCCCAGCAGGCGGCGGCAGCACCUCCUACGCCCAGCCAGAGCAAUAAGGCGGCGCCAAAGAAGAAGGACUCUAAGAGUGCCAAAGACAAGCGAACUGCUGCACAGAAGAAGAACCAAAAUAACAACAACGCCGCUGCUUCUACCGCGGAGAAUGGCGCAGAGCCCGAGACCGCAGCACCGGCAACUCCCAUCACUCCCGUUGUCGCUCCUGGAGGCUUCAAGGCCGGCCAAGCUGGCGGGCCCGCGCCAAAUGCAUCUGCACCGACGGUUACCACCGGCGUGCCAGCUCCCGUUGCUGCGGCCAGUGCGCCGGUACCUCAACCAGCUGCUCCCGUGCCACAACCUGCCCAUAAUGACCUGGUUCAGGGUGGCUCAUUAGGAAUGGAUAACAACUUCGCAAUGCAGGAUUUCGGUGGAAUUGAAUUGAACAACCCUCUUGGCACCACUGACGUCCUCAACGAUUUCGAUUUCGACUCCUUCUUGAAUGAUGGAGAUGGUGGCAAUGAGCCAUUUGACUUCAAUGGAUCAUACCCAGGGAUGGAAGGCGGAGAGAUUGGCGCAGAGUAGAGCGGUUCCUCUCUCCUGUUCAGUGUUUAAGCUGGGUUGGCUGUUUUUUACUAUAUCUUUUUCUAUCAUUGUUUGUCUUCCUGGGUAGUCUCUCUAAUCUGGCAUCAUUCGACAAGGCGUUAGAGUGGAUUAUCUAUAUCAUGGUCAUGUGGCGAUCCGGUUUUUUUCCCAGGGUCUCAUACUCUUGAUGGUUUGAAACGGGAAAA